UGAAUGAAUAAUCUGCAGCUAUUUGCAGCAUGGGGGCUGUGCCCAGCUGCUGAAAACGGUAAAUAUAUUUCAUAUAGUGAGAGCAACUUAAGAAAACGUUGCUUUCUUCGUACUUACUAUAUUAUGAUGAUUGUAGCACCCGGGACGAUGAUGAUGAUGCACUGCAUCCCCGGGACGGAACUAAUGGUUUUCAUAUGUCGUUUCCGGACCCCUUUAAGCGAUGGACUGAGUCAUACUCACGCGUAGUUUAGCUUCUUUACUGUGACGGUAAACACAUGUAAAUAAAAACGACUUUCAUACAGUGUUCACUGGCAUUAAGAAAUAGCUUAUGCUUCGUCGUCGACUGUUUCAACUGCGAUAUUAACGUGGCGUUAGCCGCAAGCAUAAUAGCAGACGACAGGCUGUCAACACCGGCAAACUAAAACAAGCAGCUGUGAUGGAAAAACCUGCAGAGGAAACGGCAGUUGCAAAAGUGACAGAGGCAGCAGUAAAGGGAGAAGCAGCCCUCAAACCCGAAUUCAUCACCAGCAAAGAAAAAUUCCAUGAGUUUCUUGACUCCCAUUGCCCGAAGGGAGGCGAGAACAAAGUGACGGAGGAGCACUCUGGGGAGCCUGAAACAAAAAAGGUGAAGUUAGACACAGAGGAUGUAAACAAAGGCGCCAAAGUGGAUGGCAAACGACUGAGGGGGCAGAACAAGUCAAGGCCGCACAAGAAACCCACGACGUACGAUGAAAAGAGGCUGUGUGCCUCAGUUAUUCAGGGCAACAAGCAAUGUCCUUACGGCGACAAGUGCCAUUUCUACCACGACGUUGCCACCUACUUGGCCAACAAGCCCGCCGACAUCGGUGAACGCUGCCACGUGUACGACACUUUUGGUAAGUGUGCGUAUGGCCUUUCCUGUCGCUUCGCCAAGGCGCACACCACGGCGGAACUGAAGAGCGCCGAGAACGCCGACGUGGUGAAAAUCUACGAGGGCCGCACGCCGGUCAGGAACAGCCUAAGUAAAGAGCUGCAGAAUCGUCUGAGGAAGCAUGCCGUUGAUUUCGACAAGUCGGCAGAGUACCUCAAGACGCUUAACAACAACAAGGAUAAAAAAGAACAGCAGGGCAAUGGUGCUGCAGAUUUACCAGCAGAACAGACGACCCAAUCAAAAUGUGAAUCCACUGAUUCAGAAACACUGGGGAGCUCUGAGAAGUCGUCCACUGUGAAAACUGUCGGUGCGUUGACCGAUGUAGAUGUCAUCAAGUUACGAGCGUGUGAGAAAAAGCAGGUGGACUUCCGAGACAAACUCUACCUUGCCCCGUUAACAACCUGCGGCAACCUGCCGUUCCGCCGCGUCUGCAAGCGUCUGGGAGCUGAUAUCACCUGCGGCGAGAUGGCCAUGUGCACCAAUCUGCUUCAGGGUCAGCAGUCCGAGUGGGCCUUGCUCAAGAGGCACGAGAGUGAAGAUCUCUUUGGAGUUCAGGUGGAGGGCUGCUUCCCCGACACCAUGACGAGAUGCGCCGAGCUCAUCAACAACAACACAGAGGUAGACUUUGUGGACAUCAACUCGGGGUGCCCCAUUGACCUCGUGUAUAAAAAGGGUGGGGGCUGCGGCUUGAUGACCCGCACCCGCAAAUUUGAACAGAUAGUACGGGGAAUGAACUACGUGCUGGAUGUCCCUUUAACAGUAAAGAUCCGCACCGGCGUUCACGAGAAGAACAACAUCGCACAUAAACUCAUCCCAGAGAUGAAGAAUUGGGGAGUGUCUAUGAUCACACUGCAUGGCCGCUCCAGAGAGCAACGCUACACCAAGCUGGCCGAUUGGGACUACAUCACUGCCUGCUCCAAGCUGGCCAGCCCCAUCCCACUCUUUGGUAAUGGCGAUAUUCUGUCCUAUGAGGAUGCCAUGAGAGCCAAAGAGACAGGCGUUUCUGGAAUCAUGAUUGCAAGGGGUGCAUUGGUGAAGCCAUGGCUCUUCACGGAAAUCAAGGAGAGCCGUCACUGGGACAUUUCGUCGGCCGAGCGCUUGGACAUCCUCCGGGACUUCAGUAACUAUGGCCUGGAGCACUGGGGCUCGGACACACGCGGCGUGGAAAAGACACGCACCUUCAUGCUUGAGUGGCUUUCCUUUAUGUGCAGGUACAUUCCAGUGGGACUGCUGGAGCGAGUGCCGGUGAAGAUCAACGAGAGGCCACCCUACUACAUGGGGAGGAACCACUUGGAGUCCCUGAUGGCCAGUCAAAACGUCGGCGACUGGAUCAGGAUCAGUGAAAUGCUGCUUGGACCCGUGCCCCCAAAUUUCAACUUCUUGCCCAAACAUAAAGCCAAUUCAUACAAGUGAUUUAUACUUUUUCCUCAACGAGAACCAUAAAGACAAUGUGAUUUAUUUUUAUUUUAUUUUUUUGUGGCUGAGACUCAAGUAAUCAAGUGCGUUCUGGCUAAUAAGUUAAUUUGUGUUUGGGUACACUUGUACAUGCAAUAAAGCCACAACCAAAUUUGUAUUUAAA